GUUCAUGUGCGCCCACUUGCCCAAUCAAGUGCUGGAGAGCAUUAGCCUCAUCGACACCCCAGGGAUCCUGUCGGGGGCCAAACAACGCGUGUGCCGAGGCUACGACUUCCCGGCGGUGCUGCAGUGGUUCGCCGAGCGCGUGGACCUCAUCAUCCUCCUUUUCGACGCCCACAAGCUGGAGAUCUCCGACGAGUUCUCGGAGGCCAUCCGGGCCCUCAAGGGCAACGAGGACAAGAUCCGGGUGGUCCUGAACAAGGCCGACAUGGUGGAGACGCAGCAGCUGAUGCGGGUCUACGGCGCACUCAUGUGGUCGCUGGGCAAAGUGUUCAAUACCCCCGAGGUGCUGCGUGUCUACAUCGGGUCCUUCUGGUCGGAGCCCCUGCUCAUCUCCGACAACCGACGGCUCUUUGAGCUCGAGGAGCAGGACUUGUUCACGGACAUCCAGAACCUGCCCCGGAAUUCUGCCCUGAGGAAGCUCAAUGAUCUCGUCAAGAGAGCCCGUCUGGUCAGGGUUCACGCCCACAUCAUCAGCCACCUGAAGAAGGACAUGCCCUCCGUCUUCGGCAAGGAAAACAAGAAGAAGCAGCUCAUCAACAAGCUGCCGGUCAUCUUUGCCAAGAUCCAGCUGGAGCAUCACAUCUCGCCCGGCGAUUUCCCCGACUGCGAAAAGAUGCAGGAGCUGCUGAUGGUGCAUGACUUCACCAAGUUCCACGGACUGAAGCCGCGCAUGAUGGACAUUUUGGACGAGAUGCUGACCACGGACAUCGCCAAGCUGAUGCCCCUCUUGCGCCAGGAGGAGAUAGAAGACCCCGAUCAAGUCGUUCAGGGUGGGGCCUUCGACGGCACCCGCAAUGGCCCCUUUGUGGAAGGCGCGGCCGAGGGGGCCUAUGAAGGAAUGGACGACGAAGAGUGGGUGGUGACCAAGGACAAGUCCAAGUAUGACGAGAUCUUCUACAACCUCUCCCCGAUGGACGGCAAACUGAGCGGCACCAAGGCCAAGAACUGGAUGGUCACCACCAAGCUGCCCAACUCCGUGCUGGGCAAGAUCUGGAAGCUGAGCGACGUGGACCGCGACGGCAUGCUGGACGACGAGGAGUUUGCUCUCGCCAGCCACCUCAUCGAGGUCAAGUUGGAGGGCCACGGCCUGCCCUCCGAUCUGCCCCGCCACCUCGUGCCACCCUCCAAACGCCGACAGAAGGGGUCGGCCGAAUAAGAAGGCCUCCUAGGCUUGCCCCCUUCCGUAUACCAGGCUUGAACUGCUCCAGUAGGCCUUGGUUCCGCCCCAACUUUCCACCUUCUGUCCACAUCUUGCUUCAGGCGGCCUUUCCCCAGGCUUGAAACCCUUCGUGAAAACCCCAUUCCCCCAUAAAGAUCAUCAGGAGGUCUUUAUUCGCACUGAAACGAAACUUCGGCUGUACUGUCCGCUUCCUUAUCUAUCCCUGCUGGGCUCAAGAAACACUUGUCGUUCCUCUUCUUGUAGGCCUUGCUCCUCCCGGCCUGGUUUGAACUACUUUGGUUGGCUUCCUAGGGAAAGCUCUCCACAUUGACCUCUGAGAAUCGCUUGAGAUGCGCCAGCGAUGAUAUGAAUUUUCAACCGUGUGAGACUUUCCUCAGCUGUCUUCUGGUCCAGCAAGAACCGGGCUCAAACUUGGCAUCACUCCCCCUCUUAUAUCACACGUGAACUACUUCCACGAGGCAGGUUCACACGGACAGUCUGACCCGUGUCAGACUUACGAGAAGACCGGUCUCCAAACUGUGUUGAUCGUGACUGUCUUUAACAGGCCCCGGAACCUUCCACUGACUGUGGCCUGCUUGGUUGUUCUGUUAGAGCAUCAUCCUUUCAGUGUUACCCUCCACUAUGAGCAUAGUCCCCACUUGGCACCCAUUAGGUCUUGGGUUCAGGGUCCGCUGCUCAUUUCCGUUCGAUGUCUUAGCCUCACAAGACAACUUUGUUGACCACCAGAGUUUUUGGACCAAACAAAAGGAACCAGUGAGUUGUAGUUUCGCAGGAGGAGGAGUUUGUGCUGGCUCCCUUCGCCAUCCUUAUGAGUCAGAUCGGGUGAGAUCCCUCCUUUUAAGCGGUGUCCCUUACAUCGGGGGCUUGGCCAUAACCAUAGGGGAUGCUUUGGGCACAAUCUCACCUUCACAGCCUUUGAAGAGCUGCUCUUCACAGGCAGGUAGGAGAGGGUUCCUCGUUGACCGGAGGGGAAAUAAAUCAUCCCCACAGCUUCUUUCUCUUGCUCUCUUUCUGGAAGUGAGCAGUUGUAGAACCCCGUUCUUGAGCAAGCAAAGCGGGGAAAGGUCCCUAUGCAGAAAAUAACACUGGGAUUCAAACGAAGACUAAACAGUGGUCAUUGGUCAACGCAGCCUCAGCAAGCAGAUUGGGGGGUGGUUAUUAGGAGGUCAGUUCUUUCAUUUCCUAUUGGAGAGAGGGAAAGGCCAUUUAGAUUUCCUUCCAAAUGUCCCCAGCACUGUGACAGUCCCCCGCGCUAGCUUGGGGGCAGAACCUUCUUUCCCAACUCUACGUCCUGCUGACGACCCCACACCCAGAAGCUCCGGGAUCCAGCCAGGAGUAGACGCGAUGCUCGUUCUCCAGGUCAGGGUCUAGGGAACAGUUCCUCCUCUGGAAGCCCAGGAGGAUCCGUCCAGUUGCAAGGGUGAGGCAAUGGCAGGGGUUGAGCAAGUGACUGGGGCACUGGUGUCUGAUGAAAACAGUCUGCGGUGUGAAGCAAGAGAGCAGGCACGGGAUGAAGAGAGCUGAAUGGAAGGGGGAUCAGGGUUCAUUAAAGGAAGAAGCCUGAAGCGGCGGGUCACCAUCAGGAUUUCCAGGGAAGAGAUGAGUUUUCCGCAAGAUGGAAAACCUAUAUCGGGACUCCUAGCCAAUCGGGAAGCCAAGCAGGAAACCAAUCAGGGAACAUACAUAGGGAGGCCUAGCCAAUUGGGAGGCCAGCAGGAAGCCAAGCAGGGAACUUAUACAGGGAGUCGUAGCCAUUUGGGAGGCCAGCAGGAAGCCAAUCAGGGAACUUAUAUAGGGAGUCCUAGCCAUUUGGGAGGCCAGCAGGAAGCCAAUCGGGCCUGAAGGACUCUGUUCCCUAGAACUAGAAGUUUAACAACAGUUUCUGGCCAGGAUCAGGGGUUCAAGUAAAUCAGUGGGAAGGUUUAACUGAAGUAUCCCUCACUAUUCAAGUGUUUUGCCUCGGCAACCUGUUUCGCAACACAUACACACACACACACGUUUUAGCAACGUUUCUACCAAAGCCCUGGCCUGGAUCCUUUCUGUAGCAGGCAGGAGCCCUGCUCUGUGGUGCUAGACCCAACCCAAGAGUUACUUGGGGGGGUAACUUUUUCCAUCCCCUGCCCUCCCCAAACACUGACUGUGUGUCUUUUCCCCUAUUGAGAUGGCCAAUGUGUUGCCCCCUUGUGGCGCUCCUGAUUAACCAGGGCGUUUAGGAGGGAGGACAGACAGGACUCGUCUAAAGGGGUAUCUACAACCAGAAUGCUAGUUUUUAAGUUCAGCUCUUGUGGCUUCAAAUCCUGGGGCUUCAAAUCUCAUUUGGCCAGGGUGUUGGGAAUCCUCUCUUGAGAGACUCGUGUCUUCCCUCACAGCGUUACAGUUCCCUGGGAAGGAGAAGUAACCAUUAUCCCAAGCUGAAUUCUGUAGGGUAAAUAUGCCCUCUGCGCCUCCGUAGUGGAAAACUGGAGAGCUUGACCAUAGAGAUGACAUUCUCCUUCCCUUCUCAGGUGCUGCAAGGCAGUUUGGCAGCUACUUCUCUAUGGCUCUUUGGAGGACCGUGUGUAUUCCACGCCAAAAAAAGUCAGGAACCCCAAAUUCCGAGAUUGGAAUACAUCGAGCAACUUGCACAAUAGCCUAAAUCUUGAACCCCCAACCUUUCGCUGUUAGGGUUUCUGUGUUUUAAUAGGCAUGUAGAUGCAAUAAGGGAAUGUUAUCCAGCCGCUUCAAGCACUAGGACAUAACUGGCUGAACCUUCACAAAUUCCAGUUUCUGAUUUACAGUGAUUGGCGCAAGAGCACUAAUAUCGGACGUUUGGCCAUCCAGAGCCUCCGUAUUAGUUUGUUGGUGAGAAUCCUGGGCUCAUUGGCUGAACUGCUGUGAUGUCACAACAUACAAAAGCAUUUUAGAGACAGGCAGAGACCCCUCCCUAGUCUAGGGACUGCAAUUCCCUUUAAACCAGGCUUUUGGCCAGCCAUCUCUAGUUAAAAGUUAUUUAUACACGUUAGCUUCGACUUGCAUAAUUCCACGUCUGUUGCUGAAGUCUUUCAAAUAUUUUUUAAAUGAAGGGGAUGAUAAAGGGGGAACUGAAAUGACAAGGAAUGUUUCCAACCAUUUCUCCAAAAUCAGGAGGUUCUCGGGAUUAAUUUAAUUCCUCGUCAGACAUCAGAGGCCGCACUGGCAGGGCAUGCUUCCGGUUGUGGGGGAUACGCAGAGUAUUGCUUUAACAGUGAACCUCUUUCAGUAGCUGUCCAGAUUGGCUGUCUAACAUCGCUAGAAGUGAAGCAACUGGGUUCGCACGGUCUCUGCGGCCAAUCCAGAUCAAGUGACUCCUCGUAUAAAUGCUCAGCAUGGACCGUAGGGGGAAGGACAAAAAGUUUUAUUCCAUCUCCAUUGCUUCGUGUAUCUCUGUUUAACUCUUUCACCGCACUUCACUUCAGCUUGCCGUAUUAUUAUUUGCAUUACGAAACCCGCAAGCCCAUUAAGGUCACACUUAACAGCAAUAUGUACCUGCCCACCUCGCUUGUGAGUUCGUCGCAGGGGGCAAGUUGAUGCUGUCGAAGAGAGACUUUUUUGUGAAAUAUUUGUGACUGGUUAAGCCCAAGGAGCAGGCCAAACAAAGACGAGCGCAUGAAAUUCGCAUGUUCUUGUCCAAAGGCGCCCUGGGAAAUUUUCAAGAUCAUGUACCCCCUACUUACUCUUAGGGCCUAGCUUUUGCUGUGAACCUCCGUCGCCCACGAUGCAGGGGUGGGCCCUAUCCUGUAUCAGCGCUGGCACCUAUUAUCAGCGCCACGAGCUGCAAUUCCACACGUUCCGCACCCGAGUUUCACAGCCAGAUUGCAAGCUAUCUAUACAAAAUAUGAAUAUGCUUGUGCUUGUGUAUACUCAGUUUUGCCAGGUUUGUCCCACCUCUAAUGUGCACGCACACCAUUCCUGCGUCUCCAAGGACAUCCGGGAGCCCUGUAAUGUUGGUCUGCGCAGCCGGUGCUUUUCCACCCACUGCCCUGUCCGCUGGAGUGAUAAGGCUCAGGGUUGGAUCUCCCACAAAGCUCCGAAACGGGUGCAAUAAAAUCUUCAUUCCAGUCGAGAAACUCUCGCGAACCUUGCUGACCAAUGGAGGCGAGUGAGAUCCAGCUGCUGUCGUCUUUUGCGGACACCCUGGGAUCCGGGGGCGCCCUCUCGACACUGGAAGGCCUCGCUGCUUCUCUGAUGUGCCUUGGGGACUAUAACAACAUUGCUAUUGCAAUAAAACACAACUGUAUU